AUGGCUCCACGCGUUGGUGAAACUAUUCAGCCGGAUGAUCUAGCCAAAAGGGCACACCACCAGAUCUCCGAAAUGCUGAAAGGUUCCUCAAAGCGACUCUUCCUUAUGGGUGUCUUGGCCAGCGAUGAUGUUGGGUCUAACCAGUAUGCAAACUGGACUCGCAAAACCUGUCAAGAAAUCGGAGUAUAUUUCCACCUGAUGAGGUUGUCACCCGAAAAUGUGGCAACCUAUAUUCGGGCAAUCAACACCAACAACAGCGUCCAUGGUAUCAUCGUGUACUACCCAAUUUUCGGUGACAAGAGAGACGACGAGAUCCGACAGCUUGUCGCGCCUAGCAAGGACGUCGAAGGACUCAACCAUCAGAGCUUGCCCCGGUUCUCCGACAUUGCAGAAGUGUCCAGACCACCACCAAAACAAGGACGAAGAAUUAUCCCCUGCACGCCAAGGGCGGUUACGUGGAUCCUGGAGUGGAUGGACGUGCAUGAUCGGACACGGCCCGCGGGGGAGCGACUGCAGAACCAAGAGAUCUGCAUCAUUAACCGGUCUGAUGUAGUGGGAUUGCCCCUCGCGCAGUUACUCGCGGGGGAGGGCGCACGCGUCUACAGUGUGGACAUCUCCGGUGUCCAGCUCUUCCAACGCCUGUACUAUCCUUGGCACUCCGAAGGACUGCACGGAAAGGAUCUUCCCAACUGGAGUGUGUGGGACGCCGUGCAGCGGUCUCGAGUGGUCAUCUCGGCUGUUCCAGAUCCCGCGUUCAAGGUGAAUACGAAGUGGCUUCAGCGCGGCGCCAUCUGUGUCAAUGUUUCUUCGGAGAAGAAUUUCGAGGCUAAUGUGGUAGAGGUGGCGUCCAAGUUUGUCCCGCGCGUUGGCAGUGUCACCAUCGGAGCUCUCCUGUAUAAUCUCAUCCUGUGUUCGUCACGGAACUAG